AUGUUUCGAAACAUCUUUCGCGGCUCUCAACGAGCCAUCACCACCCUUGCCCGCCCAAGCCCAACACGCCAAACACCAAUGCUCUGUCGAGAAGCGUUGAUUCGGCACCCAAAACAGAUCCAACGGCAAUACACAGCCUUCAGACCGCUUGCCUGUACAAGGCAAUAUUCCUCCCAAAGGAAAGUUACAGUCAACAGCGGAAGCGACGCUAACGGGGGGAACGGAGCCAACAACAAGAGCGACAGCACCACCAAAAGAGGCAUCAUUUGCCGAGUAGCAGCAAGAGCUGAACGCAAGAAGCAUCUCGCGCUUAUUUGCCGAGCAUUGCGCGAAAUAAGCGAGAAGUUGGAUAAAAUCGAGAUGAAUUGGGACAAAACUCAGAAGCAGAAGAGGUACAUGUUCUGGAAGCUGGUCUUGGCGACCAUUGUUAUAGCUGUCGUCGGUGCGAUGGUAGACCCCAAAAAGCCCAAAAAGCAGGAGAAUGAGACGGCGGGAGAGAUUUCACCAGACACCAGCCCUAUAUCAAAGGAAAAUCCAGAUAUUGUUUCGUGA